AUGCACUACGCUGCACGAAGUAUCGAGGAGAACAAGGCUGUCGGUGAGCUCUAUAGUGCCGGCCACACGGAUCUUGGCAGUAUCACGCUUCUGUUCAGGCAACCAAUUGCCGUUUUGCAAAUCCUGAACUCCCAGAACAAAUGGAAGUGGGUGAAGCCGCGGGAUGCAACGAUCACAAUCAAUAUCUGCGAUGCCCUGUCUGCCAUGACUGGCGGAUACCUCAAGUCUAGCAUCCAUCGUGUGCAUGCGCCGCCGGACGAUCAGGCGUAUAUUGAUCGGUUGGGCGUACUGUUCUUUGCCAGACCGAACAACCACGUCGUACUUGAGCCCAUCGAUAACAGCCCGCUGAUGAAGCGGAUGGGUCUCGAAAGUAAUGACUUCACUCGCCUUGGCAAGCAUCUAACGAUGGAGGAAUGGGUCAGAGCCAAGCAGACGAUGCAGCAACGACGCACGCGGGCUCCGAAGAUCGAGGGAACGAAGUAUGAGUAUACUGCGAGCGAGAGGGAGAUUAUCCCUGGGCUACAGGCUCAGGUAUAUGCUUGA